AUGCGGCUCCUACAUACUACGACGUUAGACCUGCAUGAAUUUCAGGGUGCUCCUCCACCGUACGCGAUUCUCUCACACACCUGGGGGGAAGAGGAGGUUCUAUUUCAGGAUAUCGGUACCCCUACAUCCGAAACGAAGAAAGGGUAUGGGAAGAUCGUUAAAUUCUGUGCUCAGGCGAAAGGGGCCAGCCUAGACUAUGCAUGGGUCGACACAUGCUGCAUUGAUAAGCGGUCGAGUGCGGAGCUCUCGGAAGCCAUAAAUUCAAUGUUUCGGUGGUAUUCGAAAGCCCAUGUUUGCUAUGCCUUUCUCGAGGAUGUCGACCUCCGCCACAAUAGUGGGAUGAGGGGUUCAAGAUGGUUCACUCGUGGGUGGACACUGCAAGAACUACUCGCGCCGCUCCAUGUCGUCUUUUUCGAUCAAAACUGGAUGGAGAUCGGCUCAAAAGUGGGAUUGUUGGAUGAAUUGAACGCGAUCACAGGUGUCCCACAAAGUGCCCUAGCGUGCCCGGCCACCAUCCACCAAUAUUGCGUGGCCGAGAGAAUGUUCUGGGCUCACCAGAGGGAAACAACCAGAGUGGAAGACAUUGCAUAUUGUCUUUUGGGCAUAUUCGACGUCAACAUGCCACUUCUUUACGGCGAAGGGAAGAAGGCUUUCCGACGUCUACAACUCCAGAUUGUGUCCGAGUCCGGUGACCACUCGAUCUUUGCGUGGAACUCUCCCGAACGAAGAAUCGUGCAGAGGGCCAAUCCUUGUGACAUGCUCGCAGAGUCUCCAGCAUGCUUUACCCUGCGCUCUAUCGUACAAGGCCCUCACAAAAACAACACCAGAUUUCAGUCAAUGCCCAAGCCAGAAGAUGUGACAAUUACGGUCUCCAACGUGGGACUAUCCAUGCGUCUCGCAAUUGCGACCUUACCUCAUCCUCCAAUUCGCAUUAGUAAGCUAAAGUCCGUUAGUAAGUCGCUCAUAGCUGUUCUGAAUUGUCGGCGUGAGGAUAGGCAUAUCGGCAUCCAUGUCCUACACAGCACCGCAUACGCAGGAGCUUGGUCACGAUGUCAAGGGAGAGAAAUUGUAUUCCUCGGAGAUGCAAUGGUGAGGAACCUUCAAAGUGACCUUGUGAUCAUGACCCUCGGUGAGCCGAAGGCAAGUUUGCUACCAUAUCACCGUGCGGUUCUACAGCCGAUGUUGGAUCGGGAUAGGCUUGUCCAUUUCGCAGAUUUUACUAUCGCAAUGUCUUCUUCGACCUCAGAAUCGAUUUGUGACAAUCACACCUCGCUUCCUCCAAUGGUUGUUGUCGCUACUCAUGGAUCUGCUUUGAUGUUCACGAAAACACAAAAGACUGCCUUCAUUCUUGUCUUUGGUAUGGAUCAUGGUCGAAUUUGGUGUGCCGGGUUCAGUUGUGCCGUACCAUCUUCGUUGCUUGAGUUUGCCCAGUCGAUAUGGAUUAAGUACCACGUUGGGAGGGAAACGCUUCCCUGGAGAUACUACCAAGACCGACAAACUCAUGAAUCCGAUGAGCUUAACCAUCUUCAUGUCACCAUCAAGCCAGAAUUAGUCCCGACAGAACAUGCAGGUCUGAUCUCGCAAUACUACAGGGUUGAUAUCUGCUAG